AUUAAAAUUACCAAUCAAUACUACAAAUGUCCUGUAUCUCUUUAACCCUCUCCUGUUUUGAUCUCUGAGUUCUCUUUCCUUUUCUUUUUUUCCUUCUAAUCUGUCUGAUACCAAAUCUUUCCUUGUGCUUGAGAAUGGAAGAAGCUGCUUGCAACGCUGUUUUAGAAGUUGGAAAGUGCUUAAGUGCUCCGAUUGGCCGUCAGUUUAUGUACUUGUACAAUUACAAAACCAACUUUCACAAUCUUGAAAACGAAGCUGCAAGGCUGGAAGAUGCAAGAGAUGAAGUGAAGGAUAAGGUUGUUGCUGCUGAAAAUAAUGUGGAAAAGAUCAAACAGACUGUUAAGAACUGGCAGAGGCAUGUGGAUUCCACCAUUGAAGAAACAAAGAAGCUGAUUCAAGAGAAAUCAAACAGCAGUUGUUUCAACUUGAUCACUUACUACAAAAAUGGCAGGAAAGCAUGGAAAACGCUGAACGCUAUAACUGAACUUCUUCAGGAAGAAAAAACAUUUGCUAAAGUUUCUCUUCCUACCACUCAUGAAGUCAUUCGGCUCACUAACAAAGAUUAUGAGGAAUUUGAAUCAAGAAGGUCAGUUUUCAACGAUGUGCUGAAGUCAUUAGAUGAUCCUGAGGUUGGAAUUAUUGGGGUUUAUGGAAUGGGUGGAAUUGGUAAAACCACACUGGUCAGAGAAGUUGGUCAUCAAGCCAAGAAAAACCAGACCUUGGAUGAGGUGGUUUUCGUAGAGGUGUCUGAUAAACCAGAUAUUAAAAAGAUUCAAGAUGAACUUGCGACUCAGUUAGGCGUGAAAUUUGAUACGGACGCUGAACGAGUAAGCAAGUUGUUUGAUAGACUGAAGAACGGUAAAAAAGUGCUUGUAAUUUUAGAUAAUAUAUGGGCAGAAUUAAAUUUGGAGGCUCUCGGUAUUCCUUGUGGAGAUGAUCGUGGGGGAUGUAAAUUAUUGCUGACAGCAAGAGAUCUUACGGUAUUACGGAGUAUGGAUUCUAAGAAAAAUUUCUCGAUGGGUUUCUUAGAGGAAGAAGAAGCUUGGAGCUUAUUUAAGAAGAUGGCAGGUGAUAUUGUUGAUCAAACAAAUAAGCUGGGUUCUCUGCCGAAUGAAGUAUGCAAUGAAUGUCAUGGUUUGCCAGUUGUCAUUACUGCCAUAGCGAAAGCAUUAAGUCACAGGAGACAUGUCCCUGAAUGGGAAGAUGCCCUGCUAGAACUAAGAAAGCCUUUUCCAGCAAAGUUUGCAGGUAAGCUAGAAAAAGAAUAUUUAAGGAUUGCGUUGAGUUACAAUUAUCUAAAAGGCAACGAGCUCAAGAAAACUUUGCUAAUUUGUAGCCUAAUGGAAAAUAAUACUACCAUUUCAGACUUGGUCAAACUCAUUAUGGGUUUAGAUAUAUUGGAAAGAGGUAACCUUUCUAUGAAACAAGCACGAAAUAGGCUGGCAAGUCUUGUCUAUGAACUCAAGGAUUCUUGUUUGUUGCUUGAUGGUUCAACCAGUGAACAGUUUUCCAUGCAUGAUGUUGUUCGUUCAGUUGUCAUAAUAAUUGCAUGUAAAGAUCAUCAUGUAUUUACAGAGCGAAAUGACAUUGAGAGGGAAUGGUCAAAUAAAGAACAAUUGAAAAAAUGCACUGUAAUCUCACUAGCUGAUUGUCAUAUGAUUAGUGGGAUUUUGCCUUUAAAUUGUCCAAAACUUGAAUUUUUCAGUACAAGCAUGGACAGUCCUUUUGAAAUCUCUGAAAAUUUUUUUGUGGGGAUAAAAAACAUCAAGGUUCUACGAUUCUUUUCCUUGAAGGUAUCGUCCUUGCCAAAGUCCCUUGGUUUUCUCAUAAAUGUUCAAAUGUUAUGUUUGGAUUGUGGCAAAUUUUCAGAUGCAGCAAUCAUUGGAAAGUUGAAAAAACUAAAGAUUCUUAGCUUGCAAUCUUGUCAUAUUAAACAAUUGCCUGGAGAAAUAGGUAACUUGACUCAGUUACGGUUUUUAGAUUUAAGUUAUUGUGAGCAACUAGAAGUUAUUGUACCGAAUGUUAUAUCAAGCUUAUUGCGAUUGGAAGAAUUGUAUGUGAGAGGAUGCUCAAUUUUGUCAAAGGCUGACACACUUAAAGAGUUGAAGGGUUUGUCCAAAUUGACAACUUUAGAAAUAGACAUUUCAGAUGAUCAAAUUUUGCAAGAAGACUUCUUCUCCAAAAAGUUUGAAAGGUACAAUAUAUCAAUUGGAAAUGGGGCUACUGGUUUUGGUGGGUCCUACAUAUCGGGUGAUGAUCGGAAGAACAUGCAUGUUGAAAGUUGUUGGCUAAACAUAUCGGGUGAUGAUCGGAAGAACAUGCAUGUUGAAAGUUGUUGGCUAAUUGAGCAUGCUGAUUUAAGAAUGCUGAAACUGAAUCUUAAUUCUUUCAUCUGGCAUAAGGAAUUGCAGUUGUUAUCAAAUGUUGAGUUCUUAUGCGUAGACAAAUUGCAGGGUAUCAAGAAUGAUCUCUCCGAAUUAGACAAGAAGGGUUUUUCUGAAUUAAAAUAUCUCUAUGUCCAUAAUAAUCCUAACAUUGUGUGCAUUGUUGACUCAACAAAGUGCAUUUCUCAUCGGGUCUUUCCACUCCUGGAGUCUCUGAUUGUUUUCAACUUGAUUAACUUGGAAAAGAUAUGCUAUGGUCCACCCUCAACAGAGCCUUUCUACUACUUAAAAUUUAUAGAAGUGAAAAGCUGUGAUAAGUUGGAAAAUAUCUUGUCAUUCUCCAAUGCUAGCAAAAGCCUUUCACAACUUCAAUUAAUUAAGGUGGAAAAUUGCAAGAAUUUGGCUGAGAUUUUUGCUGUUGAAAGUAAAAAUAGAGCAAGCAAAAAUGAAGUAAUUGAUAAGAUUGAAUUCUGUCAAUUACGCUUCUUGAAGUUGUGUGAACUUCCAAGGAUUGCAAGAUUUUACUCAAAUAUCAAUUCCGAGGAUGCGGAAAUUGAUACUGUCAUACCAUUUUUCGACGAAAAGGUUGUUUUCCGGAGUUUGGAAGCCUUAGAGCUUAAAGCAAUUAAUUUUGAGAAGAUUUGGGAUGACAAACUUCCAACGACCUCUUGUUACUAUCAGAAUUUGGAAAGAUUGAUUGUGGAUGGCUGUCAAAAGCUAAAAUUUGUAUUUCCGUUAUCUAUAAUCGAAAACUUUAAACAGCUUCAACACCUUGAGAUAAGCUGUUGUAAGGAAUUAAAAGAGAUUGUUGCCAAAGAAGAAACAGAAGGUACUACUACAUUUAUCUUUCCAAGGGUAGUCUUUUUGAAACUCAGAGGAUUGCCCAAGCUUACAACUUUCUACCAUGAUAAGCACAACUCAAAUUGGCCCAUUUUAAAGGAGUUGGAGGUGCAUGAUUGUGGCAUGCUAGACAUAUUUACUUCAGAAUAUAAGGUUGUUGUCCCCAAUUUGGAGGUCUUAAAUUCAGUCAAUUCUGAAAUACUCUGGGAUAGUCAACUUGUGACAAUUUCUUCUUGCUAUCAAAACUUGACAAGCAUGAUCCUGAAUGGUUGUGAAAAACUAAAAUAUGUAUUUUUACCAUCCAUGGUGAAAAGUUUUGAGCAGCUUGAACACAUUGAGAUAUGUAAUUGUAGUGUUUUGAAGGAGAUUAUUUCAAAAGAAGUGGAAGCAAACAAGACAUUUAUAUUUCCGCGAGUAACUUUCCUAAAACUGGAGAAUUUGCCUGAACUUGCAACUUUUUAUCCUGGGGUACACACUUCUGAAUGGCCGAUGUUAAAGAAGUUGGAGGUGUGUAAUUGUGACAAAAUAAAAAUAUUCACUUCAGAAUAUAUGAGCUUCCCUGAUAAUAAUGAGGGUCAACAUGAUAUUUGGGCGAAACAUUCCCUCUUCUUGGUGGACAAGAUUAACCUCAAUUUGGAGAAAUUAACCCUAAGCAGAGUGGAUGAAAUGAUAACAUUGCUGCAUCAGUUUCCAGAAAACUUUUGUAGAUGUACAAUUGAGAUCAAACAGGAUAAAUCUGCCAAUAUUUCAGUUGGCAUCCUUCAGAGAUCGGUUAAGCUGGAGAAGCUCAUACUCAGUUGCUGUUCAUACAAAGAGAUAUUUACAUGUGGAGAGGAUGAGAAACAUACAAAGACAUUGAUACACAUAAAAAGUUUGGAGUUGAGGAAUCUUUUUUAUGCGAAGUUACUUUGGGGAAAAGGCUCCAAACUAGACUCUCUUCUUCAAAAUCUUGAAGUUCUAGAAGUAAAUUAUUGUUAUAGAAUGAUAAAUGUUCUGCCAUCCUCAGCAUCUUUUGAGAAUCUAACAGUUCUGAAUGUAGUUUUGUGUGGUGGAUUGAUGAACUUACUCACACCUGCAAUAGCAAAAAAUUUGGUGCAGCUGAGAGAAAUGAAAAUUGAAUUUUGCAGAAUGAUGACAGAAAUAGUAUCAAAUAAGACAGAAGAUGUAGCAGCAGAAGAUGAAAUUGUUUUUGGCAAUCUGAAGUUGUUGUCACUUCACUACUUACAAAAUCUCAUAUGCUUCUACUCUGGGAAUUAUGCAUUGAAAUUCCCGGCUUUGGAAGAAUUAACUGUAGAUGGCUGUCCUAUGAUGAUGACUUUCUCUGUAGGAAACUUAAACACACCAAGUUUACAGAAAGUUCAACGUAAUAUGUGGGGUGAAAACACAUUGGACUGCGAGAGUGACCUAAAUGCAAUUAUACAACGACUGCACGAAGAAGAGAUUAACCCCAAUUCGGAUAAAUUAACCUUAAGCAGUGUGGAUGACAUGAUAAAAUGGCUGCAUCAGUUUCCAGAAAACUUUUGUAGAUGUACAAUUGAGAUCGAACAGGAUAAAUCUACCAAUAUUUCAGUUGGCAUUCUUCAGAGAUUGGUUAAACUGGAAAAACUCAUACUCAGUGGCUGCUCAUAUAAAGAGAUUUUUACAUGUGGAGAGGAUGAGAAACAUACAAAGAUCUUGAUGCAUGUAAAAAGUUUGGAGUUGCGUUAUCUUUCUUAUGCAAAGUACCUUUGGGGAAAAGGCUCCAAACUAGACUCUCUUCUUCAAAAUCUUGAAGUUCUAGAAGUAAAUUGUUGUAAUAGAAUGAUAAAUGUUCUGCCAUCCUCAGCUUCUUUUGAGAAUCUAACAGUUCUUAAUGUAGUUUGGUGUGAUGGAUUGAUGAACUUACUCACACCUGCAAUUGCAAAGAAUUUGGUGCAGUUGAGAGAAAUGAAAAUUGGAUUUUGCAGAAUGAUGGCAGAAAUAGUGUCAAAUAAGACAGAAGAUGUAGCAGCAGAAGAUGAAAUUGUUUUUGGCAAACUGAAGUUGCUGUCACUUGAAAAGUUGAAAAGUCUCACAUGUUUCUACUCUGGGAGUUAUGCAUUGAAAUUCCCAUAUUUGGAAGAAUUGACUGUAGAUGGUUGUCCUGGGAUGAAGACUUUCUUUGCAGGAAACUUAUACACACCAAGUUUACAGAAAGUUCAAGAAGAUUGGAGCGAUGAAGACAAAUGGAGUUGGAACGGUAACCUAAAUGCCACCAUACAACUACUGUAUGAAAAAGAGGUUAACUCCAAGUCAGAGAAAUUGAUACUAAGUGGAAAAGACGUCACACUUAUAUGGCAAGAACAGUUUUCAGAACAUCAAUUUUCCAAAGUAAAAAUUCUUAAGAUCAUUAAGGAUGAAUCAUCUAACAUUCCAAUUGGAAUUCUUCAGAGAUUUAACAAUCUCAAAAAACUUGUACUACGAUCGAGUUCAUAUAAGGAGAUAUUCUUAUGUGAAAAAGAUGAGAAAGAUGUAAGCAUGCUCACACAAAUAAAGGAACUAAAGUUACGGGGGCUUUUCAAUUUGGAGUACAUGUGGAAAGAAAAAUCUCAUCUGGACUCAAUUCUUCAAAAUCUUGAAAUGUUAGAUGUAAAUUUUUGCCACAAUUUGAUCAGUAUAGUGCCGUCUUCAGCAACUUUUGAAAAUCUCAUAACUCUAGAGGUAUGGUACUGUGAUGGAUUGAUAAACUUAGUAUCAUCUUCAACAGCCAAAAGUUUGGUGCGACUCGAACAAUUGAGACUGUCACAAUGUAAAAUGAUGGCAGAAGUAGUAUCAAGUGAGGGGGGUACAAAAGCCGAGGAAAUUGUUUUUGACAAAUUAAAGCUGCUGUCACUUCAUAAUUUAAAAAAUCUCGCAAGCUUCUGUGCUGGUAAUUACGUCUUCAAAUUUCCAGCUUUGGAAGAAUUGAUAGUUGAGGAAUGCCACAAUAUGAAGACUUUCUUUAAAGGAGUCUUAAGUGUACCAAGUUUACGAAAAGUAAAACAGGGUUUGUAUGACGAAUUAGGAUGCUGGGAGGGUGACCUUAAUACUACUAUUCAAUUUCUACACAGAACAAAGUGCUUCUGGUUUCAGGUGUUCUGCUCCAGAAUAGAUUGUGGAUCCCCUGCUUCCUUGGUUCCCUGUAUUGUCCUGUCUUUCCAGAACCAACCUCUGCAAUUGCUUACCUGCUGUGCUUGUCAUGGGAUUACGGCUUUUGCAGGUUUCUUCUGCAGGAUCCAAUCCCAGAUUUUUUCUACUUCUCUGCCCAGAUUUUCUGUCCUACGCUCCUGCUUUCUCUGGUUGGCUGUAGCAGCCCAACGUUUCUGCUUCCUGGUUGUCACUGCAAUAGAAUCCUGCCUUCCUUCUACUGCAGUCUGUUUGGCUUUUUUAUUCUUCUCCAGUGCUGCAGUCUGUUUGGCUGAAUUUAUUCUUCUACUGGUUGCUGGGUUCUGCUAUGGAGAUUUAUUUUUGCUGUGUUUCUCUUGAGCUGUUUUUUACUGGAGCUGAAGUCUGCACAGGAAAGCUGUCUGUGCAGUUCUCGGAAGAAGCAAGCACUACCAGUCUGCCUGCUACUUUGCCUUUCCUGAUUGUGCAGCAGUGCAGCCAUUUGGGCGAAAUCCUGCCAAUGCCCAAGCUGCCCAGGAAUAGCAGCAUUGGUCACCUCAUCCUUGCAGUUCUAGUUUUUUUCCCAGGUGCAACAAUUAUGCUUGUUUCUUCUUGUUUGUUGUUACUGUUGUAUUAACUGAUUAUAAAUUUAUAAUCCAAGUUUCUUCUUGGGAAUACUGCUGGAUUUCUUGAAUUUCUUUUCUAUUCAUGUAUAUAUAUCUACAAGAGCCAUUUGAUAGUGCAUUCAAAAA